GUUGCCGUAUAGUUUUGACUCAACGACUAUUCAGCUAAAUCUGGAAGCAUGUGUUCAUAAUUGGUGUUUUGAUCCUAAAAAAUACGAGCGACAGUAAUAAUGAAGGGUGGUAUGUGAGGAUGUGACGGAGCGUUCAGGUAACCUGCUCUCGUUUUCUCCAUAAGGAAUCGAUUCACUUUUUCCUAUUUGUCGCUGUGAUGUCGGUUUCUAAAUUGCAGCAAAAUUUUGUCGAUUGUCCCCACAUCGAUUCAACCGACGUGCGCGUUUUCUUAUGAACACAGCCCUUUACAAGAAGCGCAAGAGGCUGCUACGAUGUCAUCACAUACUGACCAUGGGUCAGAUUCGCGAUCUGGGCCAACUGGUCGGUCGCGCUUCAUUACGACAAGCCGUGGAAGAAUUCACAAAUCCAGCUAAUUUCUUUCGCAUGAAGAAACCGAAUCUUGCCAAAGUGCAUCAGUAUCUGCUGGAUCAUCAUUUGACAAGCGAGAAGCUGCCGUCGUCGCGUAUACAACAAGGCGCGCAUGCUCGUUUGCUGAUCAACAUCAUAUUCCCGGGAUAUACGAUCGCCCGUGCUAGAGAGCAAGCGUGCCGAGAAGAGCGAGAAAACACGCGCAUAUCCAAAUCAAAAAUCAUUUUAGCUUACGACAAGUUGCCUACCAGCGACAUUUUUGAACGAUUGGAAGAGCUUGCACGUAUUCCUGUCAACUGGAAUGGUGAUAACGCGCAAGUCACCAUACCUAGCAAAAAGUUGUCCGCAUUCAUCGCGUCUGCUCAACCUAAUGUACGAUUGCAUCUAUUUCUGUGGCUGUCGGAUCGGACGUUUUUAACACCCAACUGCACGUCGUUAAUAAUCAACGGAAAAGAAACGUGGAAUAAAACGGACGAGCGGACAAUCAAGGAUGGCUACAAGCAUAUUGAUCUAACCAAGAAAAUGACGUGGAGUGACUGUCCUGAAGCUUUGACGCUUGACUUUUGCUUUCAAGACGACACGCCGAACGUCAAGUAUGUUUCGGUUUGCACUGUUUGGCAAUAUACUCCUUCUGAAUUAGUUAGUCAAUUAUAUCUGCAUACCGCUACCAAAUUUAUAUCUCGUGCAAUCACAGCAAGCAAAGAUACGGAUGCAACGCAGAAGACGGCUGUUGAUAUUUUAAAACAAUGUCCACCCAAAGAUUUUUCCCGUAUCCCACCAACAGAGCAGGUCUUUUUGGAGAGUGGGGCCCAAUUUUCGCGAGGGAAUCAAGGACAACGGUACCCCAAUGCUGAGAGUGAAGAAGAGGAUUUGGUCAUGGGGGAUGAAACGAUUUCACUGUUGGAUCCAAUCAUGCUUUCUCGUAUUCAACAUCCUGCCAGAGGCAUAUUUUGUAAUCAUGCAGCUUGUUUUGAUGCAUGCUUUUUCUUUCAAUGUCAACUUAACAUCCGGGUUUGGCAGUGUCCUCAGUGCUUUAUUUAUAUCAAAGGGAUGCAGGAACUUUACAUCGAUUAUCCCAUGAAGCAAGCGCUUCUGACAUACCCAAACGAAGAGCGGCUUAUGCUGCGCAAUGGUGCCUAUGUACCCGAAACGGUCUCUGACUUGACGAUUUCAACAGCAGAAUACAAAUCAGAUCAGUUGGCCCCUAAACCAGCUGUCGUGAUUACGGUGGACGAUGAGGAUCCGGAUGAACCAACUGUGGACGAUUACGAAUCCUUGCCACCUUCUAAACGCGUCAAAUCAGCAUAAGAUUUUAUAGUUGUACCUGCUCUCAUUUCAUCAUAUUUCACACAUAAGCUCAUUAUCAUAAAAAAUCGCUGCAGCACAUAGGUAUGAAAUCGACAAUUUGAAAAAGAUGGCUGCUUGGCGCACCAGGCGUUUCCUAUCAUGCUCAGGGUCAAGGGUGUG